AUGGAAGAAGUUGAGAGUAGUUAUCGAUCGGAGAUGAUGGAUGGCGAGGGGUGGAAGAUGAUGCAGCCUAAUACUAAUAAGCAGCUGGUGCAGAUCAAGACGAGGUCGUCGUCGAUGCAGGGUUAUAAUUCAAGUAAUCAGAAGGUGAUUGCAAAUGCUAACACAAAUAGAGAUACCAACAACUUGGCAAUGCAAACACAAGUUCCUACUCAUACUAGAGAGGGACCAACUUUCACACAACUACUACUUGGAGAGGAAGAUUUUGACCUUCCUCCGUAUGUUCCGGAUGAUGCUAAAGAGAGCAAUCAGUUCUAUCAACAAACAACGAAUGAGUUCCUUAACAUGAACCAAUUGGAUAACAAUGGUAUAGGAACUGCUCAGUUGGAAUCUCGGGAGCAUAUGAUGACAUAUGGCUUAAGUUCUGGUAUAAGUUCACAGCUUUUAGGUUCUCAAGCAAUAGACGUAGUUGAUGUUGUAGGAUGCCUAACUUCACCACGGGGUACCCAGCUGCAUGAGGGUCAUCUUGCACAUCUAAUGUCAUAUAUCCGUGCAUGUCGUGAUCUAGAGCAACAUACCCCUCCCAACUUUGUCAUGCAUCAAUCUAUUGGGCCAGUGUUGAACCACUAUGCCCUUAGUGCAGAGAUGUCAUAUUCCAUGAGAUAUCCAGAAAAUGCAGCUACUCGUGGACCUCAAAAUAUUCUUGGGUUUCCUAUAAAAAAUGCAGACACACGUGUCCAAUCGCUGCUGCAUGCACAGAGGAGGCGCCUGCUGGCUCUUCUCACCCCGUCGCUCUACUACUUGGGUUAA